UAGUACAAAACACAAGUGUGAGUUAUGGUGCAGUGGUUGGGUCGUGUGGUUGGUGUGUGCAGGUUUGUUCAACUGUACCGAGUCUGUGGAGUAAACAUCAUUAGAAUGGCGUCCAGUGAGGCUGACAUCACCCCCCGGGAGCGGACAUUCCAAUUUCAGGACUCCCUCCCCUCACUGCCUCUCCCAACUCUCAGGGAUACACUGGACAAGUACCUGUACUCAGUCAAGCCACAUGUGAGUGAGGAGGAGUAUAAGAAGACAGAGGCAGUUGUUAAGGAGUUUGAGAUAGGGGCAGGGAAGGAGUUACACAAGAAACUGCUGGAAAGAGCCAGCACACACAGGAACUGGCUGUCGGAAUGGUGGUACAACUUUGCGUACCUGGAGCCGCGUUACCCGACACCCGUGUACGUGAACAUCUCAGGCCCAGCCCCGUUCCACGAGCACUACUGGCCGCCGCGGGACGGGUCACAGGUCGAGAGGGCAGCCAUCGCACUCUGGCACACGCUCAACUUCUGGAGACUCAUGAAAUAUGAGGAGUGGCCAGUAGACAAGAUAGAGCGAGGGAAGACCCCCUGUAGUAUGGAGCAGUACCGUCACCUGUUCAACACCUGUAAGGUCCCGGGGGAGACACGGGACAAGAUAGUCUCUCACUUCAAGACAGUAUAUGAAGGAGACAGUCCCACCCAUGUGUGUGUUCUACAUGCUGGAAGGAUCUUUAGUGUAAACGUCAUUGAUGACAACAACGUGCCCUACACUCCACCUGAACUGCAAAGGCAGCUGUUAGUGAUAAAACAGAAGUGUUCAGGACAGCCGGCCGGACCAGGGGUGGGAGCUCUGACUGCUGAACACAGGACAAAGUGGUGGCAGUUAAGAAACAGGCUAAUAGAGUUGGAUGUCAGAAAUCAGCAGAACCUGGAGACCAUUGAGAAAAGUUUGAUCUGUUUUACCCUUGACGAGGCUUCACCAGCUAAUGACACAGAGAUCACCAUCCAAGGCCUGACUGGCGACUGUUUUAACCGCUGGUUUGACAAGUCUUACAACACUCUGAUGUUUAACAACGGAACACUGGCAUCCAACUGUGAUCAUGCAGCCUUUGACGGGAUAGUCCUGGUGGUACUAAACUGGUACAUGGAUCAGAAAAUAAGAGAACAACAUGGAGUCUGGAAGGGUACAGUUCCUGAUAGGAAGGUCCCAGAACCAGAGGAGCUGGUGUUCACUAUAGAUGAGGGGAUAGGGAAGGCCAUACAGGACGCAGCGUUACAGUAUCAGGAAAUGGCCAGUGACUUAGCUGUUCACUGCUUGAAGUUUGAGACGUUUGGGAAGAACUUUACUCGUUCUCAGAAGCUUCACCCAGACGGACUGGUGCAGUUAUCCCUGCAGCUGGCCUAUUACAGGAUGUAUGGCAAACCAGCGCCAUGCUAUGAGACAGCGAGCACACGUAAGUUCUACCUGGGACGGACAGAGACUUGUCGCACCUGUACACCUGAAGCUGUGGACUUCUGUAGGGCCAUGCUGGACAGGAAUGCCACGUCUGCUGAGAGACUGCAGGCACUCCGAGCUGCCAAUGACAAGUUUAUUUGGCUGAUGGGAGAGUGUGCCUUGAACAGAGGUUGUGAUCGGCAUCUGUUAGGACUCCAGAUUCUGUCUGAUCAGGCUGGAAUGACUCGACCAGAAAUCUAUACAGAUCCAUCAUGGACUAAAAGCGGUGGUGGAGGAAACUUUGUCCUGUCCACGAGCACCCUGGGAUACACGUCCAUAUAUGGUGGCUGUGCUCCGAUGCGUCACGACGGCUACGGGAGCUUCUACAAGAUAGAGAAUGACUCAAUGGCGAUCUGUGUAACAGCGUGGAAGAGUAACCCGGACACCGAUGUGAUGAAGAUGGCGGGAAGUAUCGAGCAGUCUCUGCUGGACAUCCAGCAGCUCUGCACCUCCAGUAGGAUGUAACUUAACCUGGGUUAGAGCCUACCUGAAGGAGUCUUCGAAUGUGCUUGAUUUUGGUGAUCAUGAGAAGUGUUGAAUUUGCACUGGUUAAUGU